AUGGACGCUAACGACGAUCAAAUACACGAGUUCGAGCUUGCGUUUCAAAUAUUAUAUAGCGGAGGCACUCGCCGCUUCACCAUCAAGGAGCUGGACACUGUAAUGCGCGCUCUUGGACAUACGCUCAGCGAAAACAAAUUGGAGAACAUGAUCAGCGAGAUGGACAUUGCAGGCAAGGGCUCCAUUGGAUUUCCAGAAUUUGUUAGCAUGAUUUCUCGAAAAUUAAACGAAAUGGAUUAUGAUGACGAGUAUCGGGGGGCUUUUCACGCAUUCGACAAGGACAAUAACGGCUACUUAUCUAUUGCUGAGCUGACCGAAGUCCUCAUAGGCUUAAGCCUUAAGUUAAAUGAGCACGAAAUCAAGGAGAUAAUGCGCAGGGCCGAUCACGAUCAGGAUGGCCAGCUAAGCUAUAAUGAGUUUGUAUACAUGAUGAUGACCAUGUCCCUGUAG